AUGAAGAACGCUAUCUACGCUACUGCCGCCCUGGUGGCCGCCGCUGCUGCCGACUCUGUUGGAAGCGCCAUUGUUGUCAACAAGUGCAACUACGAUGUUACUCUUGUCAACGUGCCCUCUGCCGAUGGUGGUUACUCUGAGGUUGACAAGACUCUGUCUCCCUACGACACCUACACUCAGGAGUGGACCUCCCUCACCAACGGAAACGGCUGGUCUAUCAAGCUCUCUAACAGCUCUUCCCUCGAGAACAUCCUCCAGUACGAGUACACUUACCAGAACGAUGGAACUAUCUGGUACGAUCUGAGCGAGGUCAACGGCAACCCUUGGGACGGAAACUGGGAGAUUACCGCCAACGAUGCUUCUUGCACNCCCAAGCAGCAGGCUUACCGCUACGCUACCGAUGAUGCCUACGGCAUGCAGGCUUGCCCCGCUGAUGCUGUCAUCACCGUCACUCUCUGCUCCGGCGACGAGUCCAACGACAGUGCUGCUUCCUCUGCAUCUUCCGCUGUCUCAGCCGAGUCUACCUCCAGCCACUCCACUUUCUCGACCACCGUCGCUGCUCCUUCCACUGUCGGUGCUUCUGCCACCACUCUCCAGACCUCCGUCAUCACCCAGGCUGCCAGCAGCUCCACUGUCGGUGCUUCUACCACCACUCUCCAGACCUCCGUCAUCACCCAGGCUGCCAGCAGCUCCAACGCCGAUGUUGUCGUGACCGUCACCCAGGUUGCCUACACCACCUACUGGGACGGCCACCACUGGGGCCACUCUGCCAAGCGUGAUGCUCACCAGCACCGCCGCCACGCCCACGGCAACUAG